GCGUUGCCAUCUGCUUUCGUUCCCUAUUCAUUUUCAAUUUUUCUCUUGUUAGGUUCACUCCUAUUCAUCUAUCAAAAUGAUUAUUUACAAGGAUAUCGUCUCCGGUGAUGAGGUUCUCGCCGACACCUUCAAGAUCACCGAGGCCGGCCCCGUCCUGUGGGAGUGUGACUGCAAGAAGUACCUGAAGAGCACUAACGAGGACUUCGAGCUCGAGGGUGCCAACCCCUCCGCUGAGGGUGGUGAUGAGGAAGGUGGUGAGGGUGAGAAGGUCAUGGUCCACGACAUUGAGGACCAAUUCCGUCUGGUCUGGCUCAAGACCGAGGAGGGUCUUAAGCCCUCCAAGGAUGCCUUCAAGUCCCACUUGAAGAACUACAUGAAGAAGGUCCUUACCAAGCUCCAGGAGAAGGGUGCCCCUGAGGCCACCAUCAACGAGUUCAAGACUGGCGCCCCCGCCGCCGUCAAGAAGAUCCUCGGCAACUACGACAACUACGAUGUCCUCAUGGGUCAGUCCAUGGAUGGUGAUGCUAUGCACAUCCUGAUUGACUUCCGUGAUGACGGUGUCACCCCCUAUGCCACUCUCUGGAAGCACGGUCUCGAGGAGAUGAAGGUCUAAAUUCAUUCACAGUAGUGAAUAAUGUCCUGAAUGAAAGAAAGAAGGAACCGGGGAACGCGAACUUCCUAAUUCACAGAGCAAGUGGGAAAGAAUAGAUCGAGGUCCUCCCCCCCCUCCUCCCGGUCUCGCCCUAGUCUACAAUAGCUCCAUCUAUACCCAUUUCUCGGUAUCCUGCUUGAUAUCAGUCACGCCUCAUGAAUCCCAAAGCUGUUACGUCUCUUUCUGCAUCAUCAUCUACCUAGUUUAGGAUGUCAACCUCAUUCGCCCGCUUCUACCAUUCCAUCU